GCUGAUAUGAGCUGAAUAAAUAGAGUUCAUCUCGACUCAUUAAAUCCAGUUCAUGAUCAUUGAGUAAUUAACACAGUCACUUCUCAAUAUGAGUCCUAGAAUUGUUCUCCUGCAGAUUGCUGUAUCAUUUAUCACUAUCAGCAACUCAAUAACAUUGGUAAGAGGAUCACCAUGGCUUGGCGGUUCUAACAAUUUCAACAGGCCAGGAUCUCUCGAUAAAUUUCCAAAAAACUGGGAUGACUCAGGAUCACCUAACGGCUACCCUUGGUACUGCAAACGACUACAUAAGAAGAUCUUCAUUGACGAGCAAAUAUUCCCUUUCGGCCCGUGCAAUUUUGAAGAUGACAACACGGAUUAUUUUGAUGAUAGUGACGAUGGAUACUCACAGAAUUCUAUACGACAGAGCAAUCGAAAUCGUGAUAACGAGAAGAGUCUUGGCAUAGCAAGUUUUAAUGCCCCUUCAAAUCAAGGCAAUCAGCUGAAAAUCUCAAAGCCCAAAAAACCUCAAAUACCGAGCUUCAAUGCUCAUGAAAGCUCAGGCUUCCAUGGUCUCGAAAAGGGAGUGAUGGAUAAUGACAACUCAGGUUUGGAUAAUAGUAUCGGGAAGACUGGAUCAACACAUGAAUAUCAACAAAGAUCAGAAUUUCAAGCUCCUGGAGAACUAUUGCAGGCAAGAAAUUAUAUGAAAAGUUUGACUGCCAAUUCUAAUGCACAUCUAUCAAGGGAUAAGUUCUCAUUUGCAAAUGAAGAAUUGUUUGAAGACCCCAGUAGAUUCAUGAUACAUAACUCACCAAUCAAAUCUUCCGUCAAGCAGGAAACUAGCAGGAGAAUCUCCGGUGAAAGACAAGGUAACUCCAGGGAAAACAUCAAUGACCAACUAGAUAGAGAUAAAAUUCUAUCAAUACUCAAUUCUAAGGGCAAAUACGACCUGGAUGAUUACAGAAGUCUUGAGAAAUUCUUCAACCCGUCUCAUCAAGCGUCAUCUAACACAGACAAUGAUGAUAGAUAUUUUAAAUUUUCAACCAAGCAAUCCAGCAACAACAGAAGUGAUGAGAAAAAUAAUUCGAGUACGCCCGUAAACCAAACUACACCUAAGUCGAUUUUGAAGAAGAAAAACUUUCAAGAAUCCAAAGAUGUGCCCCCACAGUACUACCAUUACACAUCUAGCCUUCAAAACGCACCCAAUCUACGUUUCAACCAAGUAAUUCCGCCUUCAUAUCAUGGAGUCAAAUCAGGAUCAUUCAGCAUCAAUGGAUUCGGCCCGUUCAACCACGUUCAAGAUGAGUCAGCUCUGCAAGAGUCAAAAACAUUUUUCGGUAUGAAUAGUACAUCUGACGAAUAUUAAUUAUUUCACAUGUUGUAUUAUAAUUUAUGAUUUUUUUAGAAUAGUGUAGUUUCUCUAUUGGAUGAGGAGCUUCAUUCGAUUAGAUUUUUGACUAAUCUAUGACAUUAAUUUAUUCUUGCACACAAUUAAAGUAUAUUUUUCGAUAUUGGAAUUCAAUAAAUCAUAUUAUAUGAGUGAAUAAAUUAAAUUUGAUAAUUUCUUAUUCACUUGGUCUACCACAGAUAAGUGAAAACUGUA